AUGGUGGUGACCGGCGUCGCUGCCGGGGUGGUGACUUCCAAGAUCGGCGACAGAGAGACCUGGGACGGAGGUGGAGGAGUGGAAAGGAGGUGUCUUUGGGUGGUGAAAAGGUUGGGGUGGUCGGAUGCUGCAAUCCCUGCAACGGUAGCGCACGACAUGGAGGUGAACAAGGCAGCGAGCAUCUGGGUCAUACGAGACAUCUCACCUUGCAUCACGACGAGGGCGGCAGAUGUGUCGGCAGAGGCUCUAGCGUGGGAGUCGGGCCAUGCGUUGCUCGUCCUCGGGGCCGUCUUCUUCCGUCGUAGCGGCGCGGCCCUCGCCAUGGGCGCGGCGGUCGCGCGACACAGAUCGCGAUCUGGCGUCCGCUGGCAGGGUGGUGGAAGACGGGGUGGGAGGGUGGGUAGCGUGGUGGAGUUGGGGAAGGGAGGGUGGGAGUUGUCGCCGUCGGCUCGCUCUGAUACCACCGUGUCAGGACCCCUUCUACCUAUAAGGGAGAAGCAGUAUCAUGACUGGAUUGUGCUCUUCAAUGUGCUCCAAGUUGAUGGUGAUGCUACCGAUAUCCUUGCAAGGAGGAAGCUGAGAGGGGAAACGGGAGGUCACGGCUGCAGAUGCCGCCAUUUCCACGUCCAUUACCACCUGCCGCGCAAGCGGGUCUGUACCUUCUCCCUUCUCCGGUGGUUGCCUUGCUUCUCCUUGUUCUCUUGCGUGCUGAUUCCUCUUGUUCUGUUCUUCGUCGUGCUUGCCUUUGUGGUGUCGUUUGUUUGGUUCACCUUGCUCUAUUUCGUUGCCUACCUCUUGAACAAGGAUAGUGAUCAUGGAUCCUUCAAGAACGGCAGCUUUGGCCGUGCCAGUGGCGAUGUCGAUAAUCACCUCUUGAACAAGGAUAGCGACCAGCGGCGACCUUUCAAGAACGGCAGCUUUCGCCGUGCCAGCGGCGAUGUUGUCGAUAAUCAUCUCAGGGAAGACUGUGGGCAACAAGGAAAUCGUGAGGCGAAAGGGAAAGCUGUGAAGCAUGCGGCUGAGCUGCUGGCUGGUGAUCCGGCUACGUCCGUAGCUUGUGCUAAAAAGCUGAAGAUAAAAGAGGUGCAUGUUGAUGGAUUGUCUGAAGUAUCUCCCAACAUAUCAAGGAUUCUUUCCUCUGGUGCUUCCCUCAACUGCGAGGUGCCUACCAGCAAUGGCAAAUUUUUCAAAAAAUUGAGCACCUUUGAGACUGCCACAGAGGUAGAGCCGGAUGACGAUUUGAAGGGAUUUUCUGAGCCGGCUGAUGGUUUUGUGGAUGAACACAACAUCAGGUUGGUCAGCGGGAGCGAAUCAGGUGAUUCAUCUCCAUAUGUAUAUUCCCUUAAUUCAGCUCCAAUUCAUGAUUUGCCUGACAUGAACGAAGUGAUUGAGAUGUCAUCAGACUUUCUUGUUGGAAGCAAUCAAAAUAUGGUUGUACCAUCAAAUACUUCACCUCAUCAUUAUAUUAGUGACACAAAUUCAGAAUAUGGUGAAGAUCUUUUUGAAGAUAGGAAGGAGUUAUCAGAUUGUACUCCAUACGGUAUUAUUGAUUUCAUUGACAAGCAUGAAACAACAGAUCAGGCACUUGACAGUUCUUUUGCAACAGAUCAGGCCUCUUCAGCUGGUUCAGCCCAUGGUAGGAUUCCAGAUGAACAUAGCAAGGAGAGUACCGAAGAAGAAGAUGCAGAGAGUGUGCUAGAAUUCCUUGUUGAUAGUGUAGCGACUCUGGAAGAUUUUGAUGAGCAGCGCGUACCAGAAAUCCCGAUUACUGAGGCAGGCACAGAGCAGAGUGUAGCUGCUUCAAAUGAAAUGCAUGGUUUCAGCAACGAGAAUGAAACAUCAGAGCUGUCACUUUGUUCUGUUUGUGACGAUACAGUCUUUUCAGAUGCUCCGUCUCCUCAUGAUAAUGAUUGUGCAGAUGAUAGGCAGCAAGAGGCUACUGAGAACAACAUAGGUGCGGCAUCCGAUCCAGCGAGUGUAGCAUGUGAUUUCGUCGAAAACCAUCAGACAGCAACACGGGCACUUGAUGAUUCUGCAAAUGGCGGCAGCACCCAAGAGGUGGUCUCACGGGAGAGUUCUGAAGGUGAAGCUGACAAAGUUAAUGAUAACUCUAGUACAGAGGGAACGCCGCGUGGAAGGCCACUCCUCAGGAGGUCCCCAUCACAGUGGUGGAAUUUAUGUGGAGUCGUUGAUGUUUUUGCUGGGUCCGCGGAUUGAAUCAAGGUGAGAAGUAGGGCCCGUUCUGAUGCCAUUGAGGCUUCAUCUGGUCCACUGCAUUUGUUAGGCUUUCUGUUUUCCUGUAACUUUAUAAUUCUUAAUUUUAUAAAGUGGUCUGCUUGUUGAUAAAGUCAAGACAGCUAUGCUUGAAUCAAGCUACCUUUUCUACUUUU